UACCUCCAUGCCACCACCACACGCCGCGCUUGCAACUCCGGCCAGCUCGACCGGAGCCGAAACCAAGCGAUUCCGGCACGAGCAAGAGUCCCCGUACGGGGUGCGCUCUACUACCAUACCAUGGCGCGAUUCCUCGUUAUCGUGGCCACCGCCGUGCUGCUGCUCGUGGCCGGCGCGACGGCCCAGCGGCAGGGCUGCGAGAACGCGACGUUCCCGGCGGGCAGGUCGUUCGAGCGGUGCAACACCCUGCCCGUGCUCGGGGCCAGCCUGCACUGGACGUACCACGCGGCCAACGGCACCGCCGAGCUCGCCUUCCGCGCGACGUCGGGCAGCGCCGGGUGGGUCGCCUGGGGCAUCAACCCCGUCGGCGCCGGCAUGGCCGGCAGCAACGUGUUCGUCGCCUCGCAGGGCGGCAGCGGCGCCGUGUCUGUGCUCACCACCAUCCUGAGGUCCACGGCCCCGGCCCUGGACAACACCACCCUCCAGUUCGACGUGCCGGUGCCGCCCACCGCGGAGUACGCGGCCGGCGCGUACACGAUCUACGCGACGGUGGCGCUGCCGGGGAACUCCACGCAGCAGAACACGGUGUGGCAGGCCGGGCCGCUCAGCGGCGGGGACAUAUUGCCGCACCCGACGUCCGGGCCCAACUUGCAGAGCCUUAUGAGGCUGGACUUCCUGUCCGGCUAGAGCACCCGCGGCGCCGAGGCCGAGAGGUCUCCGCGCCACGCCGCACAGUCACGAUGCGUAUGGGUUAUACUACUCCCUCCGUUUCUAAAUAUUUAUCUUUCUAGACAUUUCAAAUGACUACUACAUACAAAUGUAUGUAGACAUAUUUUAGAGUGUAGAAUCACUCAUUUUGCUCUGUAUGUAGUCACUUGUAGAAAUGUCUAGAAAGACAAGUAUUUAGGAACGAAGGCAGUACUACGUAAUUAUUCUUUUUUAGGGUACUAUGUGAUACUCCCUCUGUUUCAAAAUAAAUGGCUCAAUUUUAUACUUAUUUUGUACUAAAGUUAGUACAAAAUUGAGUCAUCUAUUUUGAAAUAGAAAAAAUAUUAUUUUGAUGUCAUCGUCAUCAUCAUAUACUAUAAAUAAAUAAAUCACAUGACAUAUUUCUCGUGAUUCCUGUUAUUACACUUCGUCGUAUAUAUCAAUAAAGUACGUCCUA